GGGGCGCGGGGCGCUGCGCACACGGAGCCGUGGCGGUGCGGGGCGCUCCGCACCAUGGGCUGCGGCUGCGGGCGGCUGCUGGGCUUCGCGUGCCCGCUGCUGCUGCUGCUGCUGCUCCUGCACCUCGCUGUUGCUCAGGAGCCCAUCAGCACGGCGGGGAAGUGUAACACCAUCUACAAGGGCUUUGCCGGCUGCCUCAUCAGCCUGGGGGACAGCAUGGCCCAGAGCGUGCGGCAGCAGCGGGACGAGGAGGAGGAGGAGGGCGGCCAGGAGGCGCAGGAGCUGGACACCAUCUGCAGGUCCUGGGACGAGUUCCACGCCUGCGCCAGCGGGGUCCUGUCCCGCUGCCCCGAAGAGGCGGCCGCCAUCUGGGAAUCUCUCCGCCAGGAAUCCCGCAAGAUCCAGUUCCAGGGAAACCUGCAGGAGCUGUGCAGCGCCCGGGGCCGCCUGGCCAGCGCUCAGGGCUCGCCGCCCGCCGAGACCAACCAGGCCACGCUGCGGGGCUCGGCCCCCCCCGGUCACCCCGGCAUCCUGCCCCUGUUGGCCCUGGUGCUGCUGGGGACCUGGGCGUAGUGCUGCCCGCAGCCAAGGACCCGCCGUGCCCUGCGGGAGGGGGCAGCCCGGGGUCCCUGCCGACCUCAGCGUGGGCACAGAUUGAGCCCCGGCCCGGAACCCGCAGCCCUCACCCUCUCCUGGAGCCCUUCA